AUGGCUAUAAGUCCAAUGAUGACAGGAGUGAUCCUGCUUGGGUCCCUAAGGUCUCAGCUCGAGAAGUCUGCCCAGCCUUUUGUGCUACGCACAUCAAAUAUUCCUCUGCAGAUGGAUUUCAAAGCAGACAAGUUCCAAGGGAAAUGGUACGUCAUCGGCCUGGCAGGGAGAGAUAUCAAGACUGCAGGCCUGGGCCACUAUAAGAUGUAUGCCACUCUAUACCAGCUACAAGCAGACCGCAGCUACAGAGUCAUCUCCAGUGUGAUCAAGGGUGAGUUCUGUGACAUUGGGCUUAGGACUUUUGUCCCAAAGGGUAAACCAGGUCAAUAUAUCUUGGACAACUUCAAAGGUAAGUGUGGGGACCUCUCACUCAGACCGGUUGCUGAAUUAUAG